UUUUACGACGCUUCAGGCGCGGCGCUUGGCGGCCGGCGCGGAGCGGAGUGAGCUCCGGGUGAGCGGCGAUACCGAGGCGGUCGGAGGCGAGCCGGCGUGAGGCGUCGCCAUGUCGCACGGCCACAGCCACGGCGGGGGCGGCUGUCGCUGCGCCGCCGAACGCGAGGAGCCGCCCGAGCAGCGCGGCCUGGCCUACGGGCUGUACCUGCGCAUCGACCUGGAGCGACUGCAGUGCCUCAACGAGAGCCGCGAGGGCAGCGGCCGCGGCGUCUUCAAGCCGUGGGAGGAGCGGACCGACCGCUCCAAGUUUGUUGAAAGUGAUGCGGACGAAGAGCUUCUGUUUAAUAUUCCAUUUACGGGCAAUGUCAAGCUCAAAGGCGUCAUCAUAAUGGGCGAGGACGAUGACUCACACCCCUCGGAGAUGAGACUGUACAAGAACAUUCCACAGAUGUCAUUUGAUGACACAGAAAGGGAGCCAGACCAGACCUUUAGUCUGAACCGAGAUAUUACAGGAGAAUUAGAGUAUGCUACAAAAAUUUCCCGGUUUUCAAAUGUCUAUCAUCUUUCCAUUCAUAUUUCAAAAAACUUUGGAGCAGAUACCACGAAGAUCUUUUAUAUUGGCCUGAGGGGAGAGUGGACUGAGCUUCGCCGUCAUGAGGUGACCAUCUGCAACUAUGAAGCGUCAGCCAACCCAGCAGACCACCGGGUGCAUCAGGUCACCCCUCAGACACAUUUCAUUUCUUAAGGGCCAGCCAGGGCUCCCUCAGAUGUGCUGUCAGUGAAGAUGUGCGACCGCCUGCUGGGAAGGACAGGAUGCUCCAGCAAGAGUUGCCUGCCACAGCCUUGGCCAGGCUUGGUCUUGAGGUUGCUGCAGGAACCUGGCCUGUGAAAACCGCCUCACCACCAGGAGCGGUGUGGGUGCCAAGGGACAGUCUUUCUCUAAGGGACUGCAGAAUCUGGGUCUUAGGCUGGGUGGCAUCUGACAGUCAUGAAUAAUGCUCACUUUUCCGGUCUGUGGCCAUGGGAUCCCAUGUGUCUUCUUGCUUGUGGCAGAUUUCUUGUGUGGUUUGUCCUUCUUCAAAAAGGAAGCUUCCUCAGCUGUAGGAAUCCUUCUGAAACCCGAGUUUUGUGUUUGAAUUAGCCAUCAGGAGGGUCUCCAACUAGAAACAUGCGUCCCUGCUUGCUCCUCCUCCUGUCAUUGCUCAGCAUUUGUGUCAGGGUGCCCAGCUGGUGUCAUAUGUCACACACAAGUGUCCUACGAUGGGGGUUGGAAAGGAAGAAGUCUCCUGGUACAUGACUGCUUGGGAAAGGUCUUUCACACUGUCUAGCCAAAUAGUUGGGAGAACAUAGAGUCCUUUCUCUGCGUGGGUGACUGGGUUAGGGUAAGACUGCAACUUAGUAAAGAUUCCCCUUGGGACCUCCUUGGUGUUGACCUGCUUCUAACUUGUGUUGUAAACCCAGUGCUGGGGUCUGGAGACCCUGCUCCUUCUGUUCAUGGCUUUCACUCAUGGUGACUAAUGAGCUUCCUAAUAAAUCCUUAGAGACUUA